UAUUUAACUAUUUAUAAAAAUCCCUUAGACCAUUCCCAGUCCUCCAUCUCUUCUCCUCUACCAAGACCAUGAAGGCUUCCAUAAUGGUUUUUCACCUCAUACUCUUGGUUAUCUGUUGUCAGACUACCUCUCAAGCAGGAGCUGCCGUCGUCACCUCAUCUUGUUGCACGAACUACGUACGGAAGACAAUCCCUAGAAACCUGGUGAUCAGCUAUCGCGUGACCAACCGGAGUGCCUGCUCCAUACCUGGAGUGAUCUUUAUCACCAAAGGAAAACGAGAAAUCUGUGCUGAUCCUACAAAGCAGUGGGUCAAGGAUUACAUGAAGAUGAUAGACACCAAUAAGGCCAAGGUCUCCAUGACGGUUCGACCAAAGGCCUUGAAAAAAUCCCUCAGGACUCCAUCAUCCAAUAGCACCAGCAUAAAUAGCUAGAUGGGGGUGAGGAGGGGAGGGAGGAGUGGAAUCUACUGGCCAGUUACCUGGGGGAGUGGAGGAGGUGGCCUUUCUUCUUCUCAGCUAGGCCAUAAUCAGGAUGAACAGCCGGUAAUUUGUAUCUCCCAGGCUCCCAAAUGUCCAUUUACUACCCCCGAGAGAAGGAAUCUGAGGAUGAGAGACUCAGCCAAUGUCCCUUAGGUGGCAGAGCCAGGAUUCAAACCAGGUCCUCUGCCUCCAGUUAUGGCCUGCCUGGCUGAUCUCUAAGAUCCCUCCCAGUGCUAAUGUCCUCUCUGCUCACAAGCAAAUAAAAUACCAUAUAUAAAGUGCUUUCUGCUUUGUAAAGUAUGCCGGCAGUGUAGACUGUCUUUCCAUCCUAACCCUCGGCUCUGCAGUCAAUGGCUCCAGUCCUGAGGCGGGGGUCGGGGUAGGAGGGCAGAUGAGGAUUUCGCUGGGAGGAAUCCAAGGUAGUCCACAGUAGUGGAGAUGCCUUCUCUACUGCUCCCAAUGGCCCCAGGGUGGAAUCCUUUCCCCAGAAAUGCUCGAUGAGCCCCAAUUCAAAAGCUGCUUUUCCAGCCCCGUGCAUUGAUUCAUCUUGGGCACCUAGCCGAGUGCCUGGCACAGAGCCAUCCACCUAACCAAUGUCUGUUGAUUGACUUGUGUGAGCGAGAGAGAACACGGCCUCGUAGAUAAAUGCAGGGCCAAGCUUAGGGUCAGGAAGACCCAGAUUCAAGUCCCACCUCUGACACAUACAGGCUGUGGGACCCAGAGGAGUCACUCUGCUUCUAAGUACCCCCCAGGCAAUUUUCUAAGGCAAAUUGCCACCUGCAUCAGUGGAAGGAGUUUCCAUACUGGAAGACAAUAUAAGAUGGAAAAUGGAUGGAAAGCAUUUUUUAAGUGGAUAGAAAUUAAAAAUAAAAUAAAAUGGAUGGAAAAAAGAAUAUUCAAGACACUAGAUUCCACUCUCUUCCAGAUGUGCCUGGAGCGGUAUUCAAAUGGUAUCAGGGAGAGAUUCCUUGCUCUUGGGCCAGAUCCUAAGUGAGCUUUGCCUGGGACAGAUCCAUUAGUGGGGCACCUGGAGUUUGGAGUUGGGGGGACCUGGAAAGCUAUCUCCUCAUAGUUUGUAGUAUCAUUAGAGGGGCAAGGGGGUGAUUCAUUUAACAGAUUAGGAAACUGAGGCAGGGAGAAAGGAAGUGUGACUUGCCUGUAGUCACACAGCUAACAACUGUCAGAGGUCGAAUCGUAGACCUAGGGCAGAGCUGGAAAUGGCCUUGGCCAGUGCUCUUAUUUGACAGAUGAUGGAAUAGAGGUCCAGGAAGGAGCAGUCGGGAUAGGUUGAGGGUGUGGAAUCACAACAUUUAUGGGGGGAGGGGAGAGACCUUCACUUCUGUGAACUUCUUGUAUUAUAACUUAUAUGAUAAUUAUUUGUGUAUUUAUCGAAUCCCUUUUCCUAGAAUGUAAGCCCCUCGAGGUCAAGACCUCUAUCUCCUUCCGUUCUUGUAUCUGCAACUCCAGCCCAAUGCCUUUUCCUCCUGACUGUUAAUAAAUGGCUAUUGAAUUGGA